AAAUUUAAAAAAAACUUACGCCGGCCGCGAAGGGCCGUUUAUUCAAAAACUACCGUAGUUAUUCUGCAGACUGCGACCUAAAUUUUAAUAUAGGUUGUAGAGUCUCGUAAUUUAAUUAAUUUGCAAUGAUUUUAAGAUGUCAAGUAUUGUGAAUUCUGAAAGGGCGCUACAGCCUGAUGCUACAAAGAUGCAGUUAGAUUGCCUAGAACUCGCCGGGUGCACCCUGGACCGAUACAUAAACUCGGACAAUUCCCGCCCAUCGUUUUUGGAGAUAACCGGUAUAGCUGCCCAAGGGACUGCAACAUGCAGUGGUCUAAACGCCGGCGACUACAAAAACUUAGCUGCUCUAUUAAAUCACCCGUCCUUGUCGCAGUUAAAAAUACUAAACAAAGUGCCGCUUCCACCAGAAAUCAUGGAGCAUUUUGCUCAUGUACAAUGUCACUGCUUGAUGGGAGUUUUCCCAGAAAUAAGCAGAGUAUGGCUAGCAAUCGACAGCAACAUUUAUGUGUGGGCGUUUGAACAUGGAACUGAUGUUGCUUAUUUUGAUGGUUUGGGUGAAACAAUUGUUAGCGUCGGACUAGUGAAACCCAAGACUGGCGUAUUCCAAAACUUUGUAAAAUACCUCUUAGUACUUACUACUACUGUAGAAAUUGUAGUUUUAGGUGUCACAUUCUCAAACAGUAAGCAGGAUAGUUCAGAAGAAAUGGAAGAAAUUCAUCUUGUGCCGGAGCCAGUGUUUGUUCUGCCCACAGAUGGUGUGUCAAUGUUAUGUGUGAAAUCCACAAGCAAGGGCAGAAUAUUCAUGGGCGGCAAAGAUGGAUGUCUUUAUGAAAUAACAUACCAGGCUCAACUAGGGUGGUUUGGCAAACAUUGUAAGAAAAUUAACCACUCAAACAGUGCUUUAUCAUUUCUGGUGCCUUCCUUUCUGAAUGCUGCCCUGUAUGACGAAGAUCCCAUAGUGAAAAUAGAAGUAGACAACACACGUCACAUUCUGUACACUUUGAGUGAAAAGGGAUGCAUUGAAGUUUUUGAUUUAGGCAGUGACGGAGAAGGUUUGAGUAAAGUUGUGAGACUUACACAAGGAAAAAUUGUGUCACUAGCAGUAGACAUUGUAAAAACUUUGGAACCCACUAACUUCAGACCAGUCAUAGCAAUAUCGGCAGUGGACGAAGCAGAAUCGGAUCAUUUAAAUUUAGUAGCAGUUACACAGACAGGCGCUAGACUGUAUUUCAGUGCUGGAAGUGUAGAUGUAAAUCAGGGUGGACCACAGCGGCCCCAGUACCUCACACUUCUACAUGUGCGCCUCCCACCUGGCUUCACACCCAACUCCUCUGUUCUCAAACCCAAACAAGUACACAGCGCUGCAUAUGAAAACGGCUCUUUAGUGAUGGUGUGUUCUGCCGGCGGCGGCGACGCGGAGGCUCUGUGGUGUUUAUCGCGCGUGCUGCCGGGCGCGGGCUUCAGCGAGGCGCACACGGUACUGGCGCUGGACGGACCCGCGUGGGCGCUUACAGCACUGCCGCCGAAACACUCCUCGCACCUGUCCCCGGCGCUGUUGGCGAAGAGAGAGGUGUGGUCGUGCGGGCGGUGGGCGGUGGUGAGCGCGUGGGGCGCGGCGCUGCUGUCAGCAGGCGCGGCGCCGGACCUGCUGCGCUCGCUGCUGCGCGACUGCCGCGGACCUGAGGCGCAGCCGGUCAAGGAUAUGUUCCAGUUGCAAGGCGUGGAGCAGGCGUGCGCGUGCGCGUUGUACCUGGCGUGCGAGGAGCCCACCAGCGGGGAGCCGUCAAUCGGCGAGUGGGCGGCGCGCGCGUUCUUCCUGUACGGCAGCCAGGUCGCGCCCGCGCCCGUGUACCCGCCCUCGCAGAUGCCGUCCGCGAUUGCCUCACCAAAAUUCUCGCCGCGUCAGAUGUCAACUCCGAUGACGAGACCGCAGGAUCAAAUGCGGCAGGCACAGAUGAACCAAUCUUUCAAUCAAACUCAAAUGAACCAGUCCGUCGGCCUGGCCAGUCCCAACUCUGUACCUCAGUCACCCUAUCAGAAUAUGAUGAGUCCAGGGAUAUUCAACCAGUCGUCGUUUGUGGGGAAUGUCACUCAACAGCCUCAAAACGGAUUCCCCGUGCAGGCAGAAUACAGCGCCAAACACAACGGCAUGUAUAUAUACGUGGGCAAGAUUCUGGCUCCGAUAUGGAACUUGAAGUGUGUAUCGAAAUCGCAGACGCCGGAUAACAAGGAGUUUAUGACAAGCAAAGUGACUGGUGAAGAUUGUGCAUACAUCGUGAAGAAGUUACAGCGUGUAGCUAACUUCCUGCAGAGAGUCGCCGCUCCACCGCACUCCGAGGAGAACGCCUCGAUACAUGCGCUAAAACUUUACAUAAAUAUGGCAAUUGAGAUGCUAAGCUUGUGGAAAGUCCUUUGCGAACACCAGUUCCAUGUUAUAGCGGCAAGUUUACCACCCGAACAACAGAGUGCAUUGCAAGCUGCUAGCUUUAGGGAGCUGUUCUUGGGUGGUCAGGAGGUUGCUUGUUUGCUUCUCGGUUCUCUAGUAGCUGGCUACUUGAAAGACAAUGCGUCAGUCGAUGGCAUUUCUCAAAAACUUAGACAGCUCUGUCCCACGCUUUAUAGACAAGAAGAUGCUACAUGCUCAAAAGCAAAUGAACUACUGAUUUUUGCAAAACAACAAAAAAAUCCAGCUGAAAGAGAGGAAAUGCUUAGUCAAGCCUUAAAACUUUGCAAGGAUGUAGCGCCAAACGUCAAUCUUCCUCUAGUCUGCUCCAAGCUUUUGUCAGCGGGGUAUUACUCUGGUGUGGUAGAGCUGUGUGUCACCUGUGCCAGUAAACUGGACCCGCAAGACAAGGCGUUGUACUACUACAAGAGCGAUCAGCCGGCGCAAGAUAGAGAGGGACAGCUGGCGUAUUACAGACGAAUGGAGAUAUAUCGCGAAGUUUGCGGCGCUUUAGAGCGGCUGUACGAGCGCAGUGCGGAGGCCAGCGAUGGCUCGCCCGCACGAGCGCGCGCGCCCGCAAACUGCGACGCACUGCAUACGCUCUCGCCCGCUGAUGCGCAAUAUCAGGGCAAGAAACUAGUUUGGGAUUGUCUAUCUAGGAACGAUGAAUUGCUGCACGUGGCUGUUUACGAGUGGCUCAUAUCGAAGAAUUUGGGUUCGGAGCUGAUAUCGGGUACGUCGGGUGCACCACCGCCGACGCUGCGUACGUACUUGGCGGCGGCAGCGCGUGCGGCGCCAGCACCGGCCGCGCUACAGCUGUUGGAUUUGCUGUGGAAGGUUCUGGAGAGAGCAGGAGACCACCUCGCCGCCGCUCAUGUGCUCGAGGGACUCGCUACCAAACCUGGUACGGGUGCGACGCUCGCGCAGCGUAUGUCGUGGGUGUGUGCGGGCGUGGUGUGCGUGCGGGGGCGGGGCGCGGCGGGCGGGGCGGAGCUAGUGCGGCGGCUGGAGGAGGCGGCGGAGGUGGCGCGAGUACAGGCGGCUGUACGAGCGGCGCUGCGCAGUGCCCCUUGCGCGCCCCCGCCACAUCAGCUGCAGCGGUUGGAUGAUGAGCUGCUGGAUAUUACCCAGCUGUACGAAGAGUAUGCGGACCGCUACAAUCUGUGGGAGUGUAAGCUCGCCAUAGUCCAGUGUUCGGGCCACAACGACGCUCUGCUAGUGGAGAACAUAUGGAGCAACAUCCUGGCCGAGGCAGAGGCGAACGCCCGCAAUCUCCCCACGCCUGACGAGCGGCUGGCGUCCGUGCUCAGCAAACUGACUACAUUAGGCAGAGAAUACGUCAACACUGGCCACUGUUUCCCACUUUAUUUUAUAGUCCGUCAAUUAGAAAUAAUGAGCUGUAAGCUGCAGGCAGAUAAAAGUUUGGUGUUCAAGGCGAUUCUGAAUAUUGGAGUUUCGUUUGAACAAGUUUUAGACAUUUAUAUAAAACUGGUGAGCGUGAACGAGCGCGUGUGGCUGGGUUGCGGCGACGAGUCGCACGUGUGCGGCGCCGCGGUGUGCGUGCUGCAGGCGGCGCGCACGUUGCUCCCGCCCCUCGCGCCCGCCGCCCGGCGCCGCGCGCGCGCUAGGUGCAAGGACCUGCACGAAGCCGCGCUCUCCGCACUACAGAGUCGUCCGAACACACAACAACUUAUAGACAAAUUAACAGUUGCCCAGUCAUACUUGGAUCGUAUGGAUUGAUCUGUCACUGUACAGAUUAUGAAAUAGGUAAAAAGCCAUUUAUUUUUCUAUGCCCUUGGAGGCCAACUAAAAGACAUUCAAUCAGGUUAAUUCAUAAAUUGGAAAAUUGAAACAGGACAUCCAUAAAUUAUUUAAUUUAUGUAAAUUACAUUAGAUAGACAUUUUUUAAAUUUUUAAUUCAAAAAUACUUAUCCUAAUAAUUUACAGUUAUACAUUGGCAGUGACGUAAACAUUAACUAACUUGUUUUAUAUACAUUAAACAAUUUGCUAUUACAUUCUAAUUAUGUGCAUGAAUAUACGAAAAUAUAGAAAUUGUGAUUCUGUACCUCAGAUGUGGUUUCUAUUUUUGUAAAUAAAAUUCUUAAAUUAA